AAACAGAAAUGCGAAGUUAGAGCGGGAGAGCCCGUCAGACUUCGCCUCUCUCGCUAUCUCAAUCGGUCUCCACCGCGCUUUGGAUUUCACUUUUUCCUAUUUUCCCUGUCCGGCGACUCCAAAGUCUAAUCUUUGUCCAUGAACCUCGCAUGCUUCUCUCCUCAUCUCGAUCGUAGCUGCUACCUUAUACCCUGCCGGUUCUCUACAAUCACCCGCCAUGACCUUCGCCGACGGCCCCGGCGCAAGGCGCUGGAGCUACGGUGUCAAUUUGGCCUUGAAGGCCUCUUCAGUACACUUAGCUCGGUUCCCCAUCUCGAUCUUCUUGCCCCCGUCUUUGGCUUCGCAUCAGCAGCCGCUGCGGCCUACCUCCAGCGCUCUCUGCGACAACCUGUCGGCGAAUGGAUUUUAUUCACGAGCCCGACGCCGUUCAACAGAUGUGUUCUUCUCCGGUGCCCCUCUGUUUUGUUUGAGGAUGACGGUGAGCUGUUGAAUGGCGUAAAUGACCGGCUCGUGAGGGAAGAUCGGCACUAUGUUAAUCUUAGCCGCGGCGGGGUUCCGUUCAAGGAUGAAGGAGAUGCGGGGUUUGAGAAAGAUCUUCAAUUCCAGAGGGUUUGCUUGAGGACUGAUGACGGCGGGGUGAUUUCCGUGGAUUGGCCCGAUUAUUUGGAUUUGGAGAGGGAGCAGGGGUUGGACACUACGGUAUUGAUCAUUCCAGGGACGCCAGAAGGGAGCAUGGAUAAGAAAGUGAAAUUGUUUGUGCAUGAUGUUGUCAAACAUGGGUGCUUUCCCAUUGUUAUGAAUCCUAGGGGCUCUGCAGGUUCGGCCUUGACAACUGCAAGGCUAUUUACUGCUGCUGAUAGCGAUGAUGUCUGCACAGCUGUUCAAUUUGUCAAUGGGAUAAGGCCAUGGGCAACCUUGAUGGGUAUUGGCUGGGGUUAUGGUGCAAACAUGCUAACAAGAUAUCUUUCUGAGAGUAGAGAAACCACUCCAGUUACUGCAGCUGUUUGCAUAGACACUCCUUUUGACUUAGAGGAAUCUACAAAGUCAUCAUCUCAUCAAGCUGCCUUGAACGAAAAGCUAACUAAUGGAUUAAAAGAAAUUCUGCGAACAAAUAAGGAACUCUUUCAAGGGAAAACUAAAGGUUUUGAUGUCGCAAAAGCUUUAUCAGCUACAUCCAUUCGUGAUUUUGAUGGAGCUGUUUCAAUGAUUUCUUAUGGAUUUGAUUCGCUGGAGGAGUUCUAUAAAGCAUCAAGCACGAGACAAUCAAUUGACAAUUUGAAGAUCCCAAUUCUAUUUAUGCAGAGUGAUGAUGGAACUGUACCACUUUUCUCUAUUCCACGCAACUCCAUCACAGAGAAUCCAUUUACAAGCCUGCUGCUUUGUUCUUGUUCACAUUCAACUAUUAACAAAGGUGACCGAUCUGCUCUUCUUUGGAGUCAACAGCUAGCAAUUGAGUGGCUUUCAGCAGUGGAGCAUGCUCUUCUAAAGGGUCGUCAUCCUCUUCUAAAUGAUGUGGAUAUCACCAUAAAACCUUCUAAAGCACCAACAUUUGGAGUAAGAGAGAGGCCUGCUUCAGCUAGAAGUAAAGUUCACGGAAGUUCUGAUUCUUCUCAGGUAUUAUUAAAGCAUAAUCAUGGAAAUAUGGAUUCUUUCAUGAAGCUCACUCGCUCGGAUACUGGAAAUGGGUUCCUCGUUUACCCACUCAAUACUGAAGUUAAUGGAGAUGGUGGCGCACUUUAUGAUAAUGCUUUAGGUCACAGGAAAUCAGGAAGCAAGUUUUAUGAGAUGCAGAGAGAUGAUGAAGUUGGAACAGAAGAUGGCAAAAAUGAGAAGCCUGAAACAAGUAUGGACAUUUCAACUGAAGGCGUAGCAAAUGCUAUUAGUAGUGAAGGAGGUCAAGUCACGCAAACUGCAACCGUAAUAAUGAACAUGCUUGAUGUUACCAUGCCUGGUACUCUAGAUAAUGAGCAGAAGAAAAAGGUUUUAGGUGCCAUGGAACAAGGGGAAACAUUCAUGAAAGCUCUUCAUGGAGCGGUGCCAGAAGAUGUUCGUGGAAAGAUCACAACUGCAGUUGCUGAAAUUAUGCAAAGUCAAGGUGCCAAUUUAAAUCUUGAAGCAGGAAAACGGAUUGGUUGGAUUCCUAACGUGACUUCAGAGCUUAAGUCAAAGAUUGAAGGCAAGAUCAAAGGAAGUUCACUGAAGGAUUUAGGUUAUGAUGAUGGCCCCUUGGAACAAAUAAAAGUUGGCAAGUCCAAUGUUAUUGGGUCUGAAGGAAACCUUGGUCCUUCUCAAGAGAAGGGUGCACGUUCUUCCAAUGGUAAUGGAUCUGAAGGCAACCUUGGUCCUUCCCAAGAGAAGAGUGCACGUCCUUCCAAUAAUAAUGAAUCUGAAGGAAACCUUGGUCCUUCUCAAGAAAAUGGUGCACGUCCUUCCAAUCGUAAUGGAUCUGAAGGAAACUUUGGUCCUUCUCAAGAGAAGAGUGCACGUUCUUCUGGGUCUAUUGAAGCUGGGUCAGAAAUGGAAGAUAAGGUGAACCAUUCAGAUAAAUCAGAUCAAGUGGGUGGCGGAGCCAAUGAUGGAAGUAGCAGUCAGGAUGAAGUCAUUGAGAAGUCUGAUGCAUUUGAUAAAAACAGCUACCAACAUCUAGCACAUGGAGAUGAUAUGAAUAAUAAAAAAGAUGAAGCGGUUGAUUCGUCACCACAACCGGGCAUAUCAAGCUCAACAAAUUUUGAGGAUACUUCAUCUGCUGGUUCUUCCUUGCAUCAAAUGCCAGGGGAGAAGGGAAGUGAGAAGUAUUCCUCAGCAAAACCGACCAUAUCAAGUUCAACUAAUGUUGAGGAUUCUUCAUCAAGUGAUUCUUCCAUGCAUGAAAUGCCAGGGGAGGAGAACGGAAACCCGAAGAAUGGUGAGAAUCCAACUCAAGAUGGUGCAACCCAAAAUGCAGAGUAUUCCUCUAAAUCCGAAGAACCUUCACCCCAGCCUUCAUCUUCGAAGUCCAAUUCCAUAAGUGUUUCCCAGGCACUAAACGCUUUAACAGAAUUUGAUGACUCCACACAAAUGGCUGUCAAUAGUGUGUUUGGGGUAAUAGAAAAUAUGAUUGACCAACUAGAAAAGAGCAACAAAGAAGGUGAUGAUGAAGUAAAAAAAAGUGUAGAUCAGAGAUCUACCAAGGGAUUUAAUGAUGACAGUCUCAUAAAUGGAGAAAAAUACAAUAAAUUUUUUUAUAUCAAUAACGGAUCAGGAAUAGAACCAGAUUUGAGCCAACCAGCUAGUCAGCCAGAAAAUACUUCCAGUGAAUCCGGCAUAGAAUCUUUUGAAGAUGUGCAUGAUAAAUUGGGUUACAGUAAGUUCAAUUUUAGCUCGGCACCUUUAUCAGAUAAGUGCAUUAAACAAUUUGAAGAUGAUAGUGAAGCUAGUCAUUUCGGUAGCACAAAGUUAACAAAAGAUGGGGAUACCAUGGAUUUAACGCUAGAUGUGGCUAUGAAAAGAUAUUGGCUAUCACCUUAUGCGCCAUACCUCCACAGAUGUUUUACACCAUUGCCAAGUCAGAGUUCACUGGAUCUAGAAAAAGCAACAGAUCUGUUCCUUGAUCCAGAAGAAGGCCAGUGGAAAAUGAUCGAUCAACCUUCAAAUUCCACAAUCACAACAGGUCCGAAUGGCAAGGACCAAAAUGUCUAUUUUGCAUCAGGACGGAGGGAUGUGGCUGCUAUAGAGCCAUCCCUUAUAUUAGUUGAUGAUGAAUAUUCAAAAUUUAACAGUGAUUUAUUUCAAGAGGAUGAUGAUACAAGUGACAAUGAACAGGAGGAUUCUAUGAAAGUGAAGCUUUUUUCCUUGAUCAAGAACACUUUGCUAGAUAAUUUGAAAGUUGAAGUUUGUCGAAGAAUAACGAUACCUGAUUCAGAAGAACUUAACAGCCUUCUUGCAUUUGAUUUAGAAAAUUUUACUGAGAAAGUAUCCCGGGCUGUUGUAUCCUUUAGUGACUUAAACUCCUUCAAAGAAAAUAUUGGUGCUACUUUGAUGAAGUUCGGGACAGUGGAACUUCAACAAACAGUUGAAAUCAUAUUGUCAGCAUUGCAGGAUGCUAGCCAUUUGAGAAAAGUUCUUCCAUCUGGUGUUAUUGUAGGUUCUAGCCUGGCAUCUUUGAGGACAUACUUGCAGCUAGUUUCUUUAAAAGAUUAUGCAACUAAACCUACAUGUGAACCUGUAAAUAAGUGGCAGAGGUCUCAUGGUUUUGAGAAUUAUAUAACAGAUGAGCUUUCUUCUACGAAGAAAAUUGAGAAAGUUGAUAAUGACCAUCAUUUGGUUUCAAAUAAGCCACUCAGCCAAGGACAUGGAAAACUUGAUCCAGUUGUUUCAACUAAAGGCUGCAUCAUGGUUGGGGCUGUGACAACUGCCUUGGGCGCAUCUGCUUUAUUGGCAACGAACUGUGAGAAGAAGCACGAUAAAGAAGAUGAUUCUGAAGAAACCCCUAAUUAUUCUAUCCGAAGUCUCUUCAGUGAUGAUGAAUUUAUGCAAGAGAAAAGCCAAAAUAAUUUAGUUAGUAGUCUUGCUGAAAAAGCCAUGUCCGUUGCUGCUCCUGUAAUGCCUACAAAGAGUGAUGGGGAGCUGGACCAUGCAAGACUGGUUGCAGUCUUGGCAGAACUGGGACAAAAGGGUGGAAUACUCAGGUUAGUUGGGAAAGUUGCUUUGCUCUGGGGUGGCAUACGUGGGGCUAUGAGCUUGACGGAUAAGCUGAUUACUUUCUUUCAUAUUGCCGAACGUCCUUUGUUUCAGAG